AUGCCGUUUCCGUCGUCAAGUGACGACCCCAGCCAUGCCGUUUCGGCUGCCGCCUCCUCAAGCACGGCUCCCACAGCUCCCAACCACGUGAACGACUCCCAUGGCGGCAACAAUAGCGCACUAAAUGUCACGGACGGCGAUUCCCAAGACUCUACUAGCAGGAUGAAAGCACUGGACACUGCUGCUCGCCCCCUCAUGUUUCCUUCCCCAGCCCAUGAAUCCUCUCCCGCCUCGCCUCCUUCCUCACCUCCCACCUCGCCUUCUGCCUCUUCCUCCUCCUCCUCCUCACCGCCCUUCUCCCUCCCUGCUAUUAGGGAUCGCCUUAGGCCUUUCUUUCUCUCUCCCUCGAACAGUGAGCACCUGCCUGUCACUCGAGACGACCCUCAUCCCUACCAUCCCUCCCAUCCCCCCAAUCACGCGCUAGCCCUACCCCGCCUACGGAUAACCCCAACUCUCUUCAGCAACACUCUCCUGCUCCUCCUCUCGUUGCUCAUCCUCCUCCCCCUCCUUGCCAUCCCUCUCCUUGCGCCCCCCUCACCGCUCCCCCCACCCACUGCUGCCGCACAGCCUGCUGCGGAGGGGUCUUUGGGGCAGGAGGUGGGGGGAGAGGAGGAUUACGGGGCGAGUGGCGGUGGGGGGAUCGAGGUGACGGACAGUGAUGGCAGUGGUGGUGGAGGGAGGGAUGGCAGUGAGAGAGGAGACGAAGGGGUGAUGGCAGCAGGCGAUGGAUCAGAUUAUGUGAACCAUUACCCGUGCUCUGAACCAAGGUGUGUCCGCCUGCACUGCUUCCUGGACACUCAGGUGCGUGUGGCGAAGGUAUGGGGCAUGGGGCACGAGGCACUGCGAGGCACGUUGGUGCCUCGCCUGCUGGCGAUCUGCUACGACCACCGUAGCCUGGAGUUCUGCUGCUCGCUCCGCCUGCACUGCUUCCUUGACACUCAGGUGUCUCUAAUCUUCCUGUUUUCAAUCCACCCCACCUCACUCCUGCACUCGUAUGCGCACCUGGAAUGGCUUCUCGUCCCUCUUUGUUUCCAUCUCUCUGUUUCCAUCUCUCUGUUUCCAUCUCUCUGUUUCCAUCUCUCUGUUUCCAUCUCUCUGUUUCCAUCUCUCUGUUUCCAUCUCUCUGUUUCCAUCUCUCUGUUUCCAUCUCUCUGUUUCCAUCUCUCUGUUUCCAUCUCUCUGUUUCCAUCUCUCUGUUCCAUCUCUCUGUUUCCAUCUCUCUCUUUCCAUCUCUCUCUUUCCAUCUCUCUCUUUCCAUCUCUCUCUUUCCAUCUCUCUCUUUCCAUCUCUCUCUUUCCAUCUCUCUCUUUCCAUCUCUCUCUUUCCAUCUCUCUCUUUCCAUCUCUCUGUUUUUGUGUGCAGGAGGAUGCUCCAAAGAGUGAGAGGGACGACUUCAGUGGCGGGCAGAAGAAAUUCAUGACCCCCUCCUAUCUGCACCUGAUGUGGAGGCGGCUACAUAUCAUCAGGCAAAUCCUGUCUUUGAGAUUUGAUGUGAUCUUCACAGACAAUGACGUCAUUUGGCUGCAGAACCCCCUUCCCCACCUGCUCAACGUCCCAUCCGACUUGCUCAUAGCGUGCGAUCGCUGGUCAGCAGACCCCAAGGCGGCAGCAGCCAAUGGGGGCUUCUACAUGGCUCACAGCAACGACCGCGUUUUGCGAUUCUUUGACUACUGGUUGGAAUCUCACACUCGAAUGCAUUCAUGCGAGUGCGACCCGAAGCAGACCCUUACACCCGCCACACCCUCCAUCUCUCCAUUCAUUAUACCCUUUCCCCCUACCCCGUUUUCCCCUUCCCCCUUCAACCCCACCACCAGCUUACCCGGCAUUCACGACCAGGAUGCGUUCAUGCGAGUGCGCCCUGAAGCAGACCCAUACACUCGCGUCACCCUCCGCCUCUCCGUCCACUACCUGCCGACAGAGAGCUUUAGCGGUUUCUGCGAGAUCGGGCGGCAGCUGGGGCGGCUUGUCACUGUUCACGCCAAUUGUUGUUUGGGACUGGAGAAGAAGAUGCAAGUGCUGCAGCAGGUGGGUUGA